AUGGAUGGAAGCAAUCAAAAUGCCAAAACUUAUUCAAUNGUGGAAGUGAAACUCGAGAAAAGCUGUGAAAAUAAACAAGAGAAGGGAGCAAAGGAUUCAAAUAAAGGGAAAGAAAUUGUGCUUAAAGUUUAUAUGCAUUGCGAAGGAUGCGCCGCCAAGGUUUUCAAUUGUUUGAAAGGUUUUCAAGGCGUUGAACAAGUUAAGACGGACAUGGAAGGUGACAGAGUGAUUGUGAAGGGACAAAAUGCUGAUCCUUUGAAGAUUUUGGAAAGAGUUAAGAAGAAAUACAGUAGAAAUGCUGAGCUCAUUUCUCCCAAACCAAAACCUAAAGCCACUGAUGGAAAGCAGUCGCAAAACAAACAAGAGGCCAUGGGAUUCAACUCUUAUGGAGUAAAUGGAUAUUUGAAUGCAUCUUUACGGUUCGUGUCUCAGUUCUUAUCAAUGGUUUAG